AUGGCUCCAACGGCAAAGAAUGCGACCCUCAAUGUGCCCAAGACAAUGACACUGGGGCCUCCAAAACGUUCCAAGAAGACGGCGAGGACCCAAACCAGGCCGAAGAAGGCUACGAAGCAAGCGACACUGCCGCAAGGCUAUCGAGUUCUGAAGAAGCCCGUCUCUGGUAGUUGUGCCGUGUCGAAGAUUUUGAAGCAAACGACAGAGGCAGGCGUUGUUCCCAACAGCUCUUCAGAAGAAGCAACGGCACCAUCGAUUCGUUCGCUCCUGGCGCAACGAGAAGAAGAUUUGGCGUGGCAGAGGCGGGAGCUCGCCCGUCAGGACAAGGCCAGAGACCGUCGGGCGGAGCAGAUUGCUACCCGAGGCUUCUUCCACAAAGGACGAUGGAUACGGCCAGAGGUCAAGGAGCCGUUCAUCAUCAAAGUCGAGCGGGGUACCAAGGGUACCGAAGACAAUCCCAUUGAGAUACACGACGAAGAUAGUUCUAGGCAUAUCGCCAGUGAGAAAGAUACCUUGGCCGUAGACACUGCGAGAUAUUUACGACUUCGGAAAGCACGAGUCGAAUCGGACAGCAAAGUGGACAACGCAGAUGAAGGCCGCCCACGGAUGGGCCGUGGUCCCGAUAUCACCAGCAGCUUCGAUCAUCGCUACCCGCAUAUCGCUGAGUUGCUCGAGGACAAGAUGCUCGACGAGCAAGAUGACGCUGGGUCGCUAUGUGACUUUGUGGCUACCGACGAGGGGAGUGAUGGCGGAGACAUGGAUGUUGACGGUUAG